UUAGCCGUUUUUAAUUAAACCCAUCGUUUGUGACGCAAAUAUAAUGUACACUCGGAUGCAAUAAUUAUUUAUAAAUAGUUGAUCGUAAACUCUUUCCAUCUGGGGAAUCAAAAAACAAUACUCUAAUUAUUUCGUUUGUCAUUUAUUCUAUUGAAAUGACAUCUUCCCCCGAAAAAUCUCUUGAAACUGAAUCUACAAACUCUACAAACAAACGCCAAUUUCAGAAACAACCACAUAGAUGUUACAAUCACUUACACGAUGUUUUAAUUGGUCUUCAAUCAAACCCAUUGUAUUUUCGGGAACCUUUUACUUUAUUUUGGAAAUGUCUCAAAAGCGAAAAAGGAAAAGAACCACCUCGUUAUCGGCCGAAUGAAUGACAAUUGUGAACAAUUGGAAAUAAUUUUCUUUUUAAAACAUUUAAGAAAAACAAAA